AUGAUUGAAUCUUCAUCAAUCCUUGCUAGUCUUAAUCUAAUGGGUCAUUCAAAGCGCAUAAAAAAAAUUAAAAAUAUAAUGGGUGAUUUGUCAAACGAUCGGGUAUCAAUGAAAUCUUCAGAUGGUGGUGGUAAUGAAUCUGGUAGUGGUUUAGGAGAUUAUACAUUCAAUUCAUCUGCAGUCUAUGAUGAUCGUUUAAAAUUGGAGGAAGAAAUUCAAUCUGUUAAAAGAAAAAUUGCUGAAUUGCAAUUACAGUGUGAGCAGGAUGUUGAAGAAUUUCUAAAAACUGACAGACAAUUUAUCAAUAACCCUAAAAAUCCUCAAGCAACUCGUUUAAAACAACAUUUUGACACAAGAAAUAAAAAAAAUAAGAAAAAUCUUGAAAGUCUCACGAAAAGACUAGAAAUUUUGGAACAGAAUCUUUUUGAGUUAGAUUCAAAUGGAAGUGGAAGCUUGUAUGAUUCAAGUGUUCGUGGUAAAAAACAAUUUUUAUCAAAUAUGAGUUCAAAUAUUUUAAAGACUGGUGCUAAUGUUAAGGAAAUGACAGAGAAUGUUAUUUUUGCACCAAAAAAUAUUGCUAAAGCAAUAUCAGGUUCAGCUAGAAAAUAUUAUGGUUCAACUGAUAACAUUGACAAAAAGUCAGAUGGCAAUUCUAUAUUUUAUCCUGAAUUAGCACCCCCAACAUAUAAUGAUCGAGUUCGCUCCCUACCAAAUAAAACUAAAUUUUCAGAACCCCAAACAGAAAUAACACACUCUGUAUCUAGUGAAGAAGCAUUGCAAUCAAUUGACAAUGAAAGUCAUCAUGUAAAAAAUGUAACAAAUUUACCCUGUCAAAGAGAUUCAUCUUCUUCUAUAACUAAAAGACAAUUUGACACAUCAACAAUUAUAAAUGAAAUAUCAGAAUUAAAAAAAAUUAUUGAAGAUAUAAAAUUAAAACAAGAAAAUUAUGUAACAUCACUUCAAAAUGAAAAUAAGAUACUUUUCCGAACAAUGGAUGAGGAGAAAUUUAAAUUAUCAAAAAUUGAAGAAUCAUUAUUUGAGUUAAUUGAAUUACACCAAAAUGAAAAUAGAAAACUUAAAGAUGAUUUAAAUAGUAUAAGUCGUAGAAUGGAUUAUCAAUAUAAUGAUAGAUUUUCAAAACUUGAAGAAGCUAUUGAAGGAUCAAAUAAUCGGAUGCUUCGAAUUGAACGAAAUAUUAUUGAAAAUAAUAGAAAUACUUCACGAAUGUCUGAUCAAUGUAGUACAGUAUCAAUUGCAAUUAUAAAUUUAGCUGCCGAAUUUUUAAAAAUCAUUUUAUAUGCUAUAUCUAUAUUGGUCGAGGGUAUUCGUGGUAUCUGGUCAAAGAUGAAUCCCUUAAUUGCCACUUUUUUAAUUAUUAUUAUAAUUCUUGCCAUUUUUAACCCAUAUUCUUUGAUAGAAUUAAUAUUCGGAAAGAAAAAAAGUUUUCCACAGACAAAAGAUGAUAUAGAAAAAUUUUCACACUCACUACUAUAA